AUGGCCAAAACCCAUCUCUACGAGGAAAGGGUCCUCCCAGAUUCCUUCAAGGAUGAGACCGAGCAGACCGCAGCCGAGUACCACGUUCUCCCUGUCAAUGGACCAUUGGGGUCAAGAUCACCAUCUGAGCCCCGGUCAACACCUUCAUCUACCAUAGACAGUGCACUACUUACCCGAAAUAAUUCAAUCUCUCACACUAUUGCCGAGCCACGCGAGAGCUCUCGAUCAGAUUCCAUCACUUCACCGCAGUCUUCGAUUACUCCCGUGUCAAGUCCCCGCCUCACCAAUGUCAACGAGGCAUACCUGCUUCGGCAUUUCCAAAGAUCUAUCGCACCAUGGCUUGACGCCGGGGAUCCCGAACGCCAUUUUUGCGCGGAUGUUGUCGGACGAGCAAGCGAAUCCCCACUGCUUCUCUAUGCUUGUCUUGCUGUCUCGGCUUGCCAUCUUUCUCGUACCACUCACGCCAUCUCACCAGAUGUGGCUGACGGCUAUCAUGAGCGAUGUGUCUCUAUUAUGUUACCUGUCCUCGACAACUCAAACUAUGAGAUUGCCAUUGACAUUCUUCUGAGCUCGACAGUGAUUCUUCGCUUUUUCGAGCAAAUUUCCUCGCACACGCCCUCCAACGACCCGCAGCGUCAUCUUUUGGCGGGCUCCGUCUACGUUAGCUCUCACGUCGAGUGCGCCAUUUCUGGUGGACUAGCAUCAGCUUCGUUUUGGGUCUUUGUCGUCCAGGACAUUCAAUUCGCCCUGACCCAGAAAAAUUGUCUUCGAGUCGCCUUUGCACCGCUUGAUGAUCGUCUACGACACUGGUGGGCCGCGAAAUCGGUACUGACUGACGGGGACUGGGUGAAUCAAGCCAUUUGGCUGCUCGCAGAGACAAUCGAUUUUUGUUACCACGUUCCCGAUCACCCUUACACAACGUACACGAAAAUUGCGGAGGGGAACGCAUUGAAGCAGCGACUUCGCGACUGGGAGGAGAGACGCCCAGAUACCUUCACUCCACUACACAUUUCAUCACCUGAUCCAAGGGCUGGGAAACCUUUUCCUGUGGUCUGGUACACGAAUCUGUGGCAUUCAACGGCCAUACAACACUUGUGCCUUGCCAAAGCUCUGAUUCUUAUACACGAACUCGAAAUUUACGAUUUUACACUCGAUCAGCGCGCACAGAUCAAGGAACAAAUCACAGAAAACUUAAACUAUCUCUUCGGCAUCGCACUGUCUUCAGACGACGAGCCCUCUCUUCGCAUAUUAGCCGGUCACGCUCUCUGCGCUUGUAGCGCAUGGAUUGAGGAUCCGCUCGCGCAAACGCUCCUGUUUGAUCUUCUCAGGCGCACGGAAAAGGAUAACGGUUGGCCGUGGGCGUAUUUUGAACAACGCAUUCUUCAUACGUGGAGAGGUGGACAACAAAUUCGAGGAUAG